UGAGAGUGGGACACUUGAGAGGUAGGUUUCGUGAGGGCUCCUUCUAAAUUAGCACGGGCAGUACGUAAAGUUCGGUUGUACCUUUUUAGUUCAUUCAUAAUUCUUAUAUAGGAAGUAUCCUGCUGGAAAUUGUCAUAAAUUGGAGUGUCUUGGGCUCUUUCGUUUCCUGUCAUGGAAGCCCUUAGGGACAUCCACCCAUUAUGUGCAAUUGUAAAAUCAUCCAGGAUCUCAGCUAAGUUUUGUUGGACAAUAUCGAGGGAUUUUAUUGUAGCUUCUACGCAAUUUUGGAAUUGUUUUUCGGAAUUUAGGGGGUCUUUUAUGGGAAGGGGAAAUUGUUUAUUUUGUUGCAAAAUUAAUUCCGCAUCAGUACAUGAUUGGGUUAAUUGCCGCUGGAAGGCUUGA